AUGGAUUCAAGGAAUCUUCCUACUCAGUCCUCUAGUUAUGUAGGACUUCAUAACAGUCAACAAGGAAGUGUUCUCCAUGAAAACUUUCCUUAUGAAAGUUAUCAUUCUAGUGUUUAUUUUCCUCCUUUCAGUUCACAACAAUCUGACGCUCCACCUCUACCUGAAGACACACCAGUGGACCGCAAGGAGAGAAGGAAAUGGAGCCCAGCUGAUGACGAGGUUCUAAUCAGUGUGUGGCUAAACACUUCAAAGGAUGCUGUUGUUGGGAAUGAACAAAAAAAAAGGACCUUCUGGAAGCGAGUUGGAGAAUAUUAUGCAGCAAGUCCUCAUGGUAAAGAGGAUGGUGAAAAGAGAGAGCAUCUUCAUUGUAAGCAGAGGUGGCACAAAAUCAAUGAUCUGACUAACAAGUUCUGUGGCGCAUUUGCGGCAGCAGAGCGACAAAUUAGCAGUGGUCAGAAUGACACUAGCGUUCUCAAGAUGGCUCAUGACAUCUUCUACUCUGAUCACAACAUCAAGUUUAACCUUGAGCAUGCGUGGUGUGUGUUGAGGUUUGAACAGAAAUGGUUUAGCCUUAACACUCCUAAAUCCAGUGGCUGUUCAAAGAGGAAAAAUGGUGAGACAUGUUCCCAAACUUCAAGCACCAAUGUUAGUGAUCAUGAGAUCCGACCUAAAGGUGUGAAGGCUGCUAAAUCUAAAAGGAAUACUGCUUAA